UUGUAUUUAGAUUUUUAUUAAGUCUAAAGUGCUUAUGGAUCUUAUUAUUGUUCCCAAGGUGAUGAGUGGAGGCUGGAAUAUGAGGAAGGACUCAGUCACUAUAGUGAAGAAGCGCUUAGAAAGGAGUUUCCUGAGAAGACCAGACCAAUCAGUUUCAAACAUGCACCUUUCAUGUGUCCUGACAUGAGCCCCUCCUCUUCUGUACCUACCUCAGUUGAGCUGGUGAAGGCUGCAGAUAUUAAAGUGAUCGCUGCCCUUGGGGAUUCAUUGACGACAGCGAUUGGCGCAAAUGCAACCACAGUUCUUGGGAUACCUAUUGAAUUUCGUCACGUGUCUUGGAGCAUUGGUGGCUAUGGAACCUUUCAAGAUGUCAUUACACUGGCAAACAUCAUUCGACUCUUCAACCCCCAUUUAGUGGGACCCGCCCCAACUAAGACAGUUCACGGGACCCCGGCUCCCCUCUGCGAGACUGGAUUUAACCUGGCUGUAACGGGACACAACACCUUUAAUCUUCCUGAACAAGUCAGACAUUUGAUUGAUACACUGAAAACAUAUGAGGAUAUUGACUUUGAUGAGGACUGGAAACUGUUGACCAUUCUAAUUGGGAUGAAUGACAUCUGUGAUUACUGCAAAGACAAGGCAUUGCUUACAAAGCUGUUUCUUUGGCAAACUACAGACAGAAGAUUCUUCUACAGUAUUGACAAAUUUUGUUCACAAUGUCAAAGCAGAGACUAGAGGAGGCUUCAAAUAAAU